UACAUAUGUACCUAGGUAGGUUAGGUACAUAGGUAGACCUUCAACGAACUGCUCUUGCAAUUAAGGAACAUCCGAUUAGGCUACGGCGCUAGAGCUCAGCAGGUGGGGCCGGGUCCCGGACGGCUAAGGAGCGGCUUCGAGAAUUGAUGGGAUGGGAUCGACUGACGGAUCGGUAGAAACCAUCGAGGUGGUGGUCAGCAAGAUAAUCGGAAUUUUAUAUAUAGGCGCGUUCGUUAUUCCUCUUGGAAAAUCAAUCCAUAGCUUCUUCCAGCCCAAAGAUGGCACCCUCUUGACGCCGCUGUUUAUGCAGUUCCAUAAACACGGGGCAGCCGGGCUCGGUACUAUAGUCGAAGCUAACAAGUACCUUUUUAACGACCUUGAGGCAUCUGCGGCGGAGAGAUGGACAGCCACUCUUACAGCUGCGCCUGUUUCAACUACGAAACUGACGAAUAAUGCAUACGCCGCCCUUCCUUGCGCCUAUUUGGUACUGGAAGGGGACUUAACGCUGCCUAAGGAAUAUCAAGAAGCGAUGGUAGCUGCCCAGAGUCGAGAAACCGGCGAAUUUUCAGUAUAUAGGUGCUCAGCUGGUCAUUCUCCUCACUUGAGCUUGACCCAAGGUGUUGUCAAUACUGUACAGGACUUCAUCAAGAAGAUUGAAGAUCAGCACGACUGAAGCGCUAUUGCUUUGCUAUUGGGGAUGCCUGCAAUGCCAAAUUGUACAAUAUGAUAAGCCGUCUGAUUACCAGGUCAUAUUUUAUGCUAGUUAAGGGGAUAUGUCUCCGGGUACGCCCGAUUCGUUCCCUUAGUUAGGGGCAAGAUAACCAAAUUAUUUG